AAUUCGAAAUGUAGCUCUCUCACUCCUUACAAAAUCAAACUCACGAUUUCCUUGGAGCUUGAAACUUGCUUAAUUAGAGCUAAUUGCUUUCUAAUGUCCAUCCUUCAUUAUAAAUAAGGAUCCAAAUAUAAUUAAGUAGAUCAAGCAUAAUGGAGGAGCUGCUCAAGAUCCUAAUUAGUUCUGUGCUUGUGUGUGUACCUCUCUACUACUACAUUUUUAAGAUUCGUGUCAACAGCACGAAAAAUGAACGACUUGAUCAGCAUAAACUCCCACCGGGAAGCACAGGCUGGCCAAUCAUAGGUGAAACCCUCGAGUAUCUAAGGACAGGAAAAAAGGGUGUCCCAGAAAAGUUCAUAGCAGACAGGAGGAACAAGUACAAGAACUCUUCCUCCUCCUCCUCUGCGAAUUGCAAGGUCUUCAAGACAUCGUUGCUGUUCGAAGACAUGGCCGUGCUCUGCACUGCCGCCGGAAACAAGUUCCUGUUUUCGAACGAGAAGAAGCUGGUCAAGUCGUGGUGGCCGCCUCACUUGGACAAGCUCAUAUUUGCCAACUCUGCUCCUGACCAGAAAGCAAAAGCAUUCAUCACCGAAGAGUCCACGCGAUUUCGCAAUACUAUGGCUCCAUAUCUCAAGCCUGCAGGUCUCCAAAAGUAUGUUGGGACCAUGGACACUUUCACCAAAAAACAUCUGGAUAUGUACUGGGAAGAUGGAAAAGAUGAUGAUCAAGUGAUCAAGGCUCACCCGCUUGCAAAGAAGUAUGCUUUCACAAUGGCAUGCAGGCUCAUGUUAGACACAGAGGAUCAACAAGUAUUUACCAAACUAGAAAACCUAAUGAAGGAUUUGUCUUCAGGGUUCACUUCAUUGCCAAUCGAUCUGCCCGGCACGCAGUUUAACCGCGCGAUUCGAGGGUCCAGGCAACUCAGGGAAGAAAUUAAGAAUAUUGUCACUCAAAGGAGGAUACAUCUUUCCACUCGUAAGGUGGACGAAGAUGUUGAUGGUUUAGAUAUUUUGUCCAGCUUGAUCAUGGACACAAGUAGCGACGGGCAAGGGCUGAGCGACUCGGAGAUUGCCAGCAAGUUGUACGGCGUUAUAGUUAGUGGCUAUGACAAUUUCAGCAGCACGUUGGCUACCAUUGUCAUGUAUCUAGCAGAGCUUCCUCAUGUCUACGAUGCCGUCCUUAAAG